AUGUAUUCGACGUGCAUCAAGCAAGCAGCUUCGCUGACGGGAAGUCUUUGGUUGGUAGUCGUAGGGCAACAAGAGUUCUUUCAGGUCACAAGCUCAAGUGCUCAGAACAUCACAUGGCAGGUCGCUGACGCUGCCACGACUCUCUUCGCUUGUGCCCAGGCCACCGUGGACGCUGCCAAACUGAUGUUCAAGUUCAAUGGAGGGUCCUGCAUGAUCGCCAUGAAUGGUUUCUAUGAUCCUGAGAAUCAAGCAUGCGAUGGUCAGACGGUCUAUAUCGGCUAUGAUGGUAACAGUGGGUGCGUCACUCCUUUUGGAGGGUUCUUGAAUGGCCAAAACAUAACGAGCGAUGGAAUGUGCUACUCGACGUGUGUUGGAAAGACGGUAACUGUUCAAGAUGGAACUGAAAUAGCAAGCCCUUCGGAUGGAGCAGUAUCUUGCAUUGGAACGGAAGCAGUCCCCCACAUCCUCAUUGUAGCAGAGUCAGCGACCUUCUGUGCGGCAGCGACCAAAUGUGCGUUGCGUGGACUCGAGCUGGCCCAAGUAGACACGGAGGAGAACCUGAAUGCCAUGAAGACAGCCGCCGCCACGAAACCUGAAACACUGGGUUUCUGGGUGAACGUGCAAUACAUCGACGGCGCUUGGGUCCACAUGCCAAGCAAGACUCCCGUGGUCGCUGACAUGUGGGAUAGUAUUCCCUAUGACACCUCCUCCUGCGUGGCCAUCAUGCAGUCCGGGAAAAUCUAUUCUGCGACGUGUAACACUGAAUUUUUAUACAUGUGCGUCGACACCACCAAGACCAUCAAGCCGUGUGAGACUCUCUCAGUGAUAAAAGGAUGAUGUGCUACGGCUGCGCUGCGAAAAAGACACCGAAUCAUAUUGGAGAUAAAUAUCGCUAAACUCGUAAAUUAAAGAGCAUUAAAAGAUGUUAUUCAUUAUUAGUUUUACGGGCUGGCACUAGG